AUGGAUUAUUCACCAACACCUGGUAAAGUCAAACCUCAGUAUGCAUUUUUAGAUGAUUCUAUAGAGAUUGGAAGAAGUGAAGUUUCUAAACCAUUCAAAAGUUCACCAUUGAAAAACCAAUAUCAAUUUCAAAAUCAAAAUGAAAAAGAUUCUGAAACAUUCCAUCAUAAACAAAAACAAUUCUUUAAUAAAUAUAGAGAUUUAACAUCUGCUGGUGAUUCUCCAGAUCUGUCAAAACAAAAACAAAAAGCACGUUCAAAUUAUCAACAAACAACAAGUGAUACAACUUCAAGAUUAUUCAAAAACAUUGGAAAUAAGGUACCCGUGGAUGAUGUUGUGAAAAUCAAUUCAAAUAUGAUUGAAAAAAUCAUAAGAGAGAAUGAAAGCUUGAAAACUAAUUUGAAAGAAGAACGUAAAGAAAAUCAAAUAUUGAAUGGUUUUGCUAAUGGAUUGAAAGAAAAACUUGUUAAAUAUAAAAGGUUGAAUGAUGAUUUAAAAUUUAAAAAUGAAGAGUUAAUAUCUGAAAAGAAAGAUCUUGAACAAAAGGUAGUUCAACUUGAAACAAAACAAAAAGAAACUGAAGUUGAAUUAACUGAAGCUAAGAAAUCCCUUAACUUUACAAAAGCUCAAGUACAAUCAGUUCCUGAAAGUCCAAAAUACAAUUUUGAUCCUGAAAAUGUACAAGAUAUAUUCAAUGGUGUUAAUGAUGAUGAAGAUGUGAACAAUGCUCAAAAUAAUAUUAAAGAAUCUCCAAAAGUUCAAUUUGCAACAACAAAAAUUGAAGAAAGAAUUCAAAAUCUUGAAAAUGAAGUUUCUAAAAUCAAUACAAAUCAAGAUUCAAAAUUUGAUUAUAUUAAAAAUGAAAUUGAAUUUUUAAAAAAUUUAUCAUUACAAGUUCAAACAAAACAAGUUGAUGAACCAGUAACUAAUGAUUCUAAAGAUUUAGAUGAAACUUCACCAAAAGAAGAUGAAUUAAUUGUUAAAGAAAGUCUUGAAUUGAAAGAGUUACAACAACAAGUGGAUAUUGUUACUAAGAAACUUCAAUUAAGAGAACAAAAUAAGAUUAAAAAAUAUGAAUUAAAUAAAGAAUUGGAGAAAUUGGCAUUACAAUUAAAACAUGAUGAUAUACCACAAUUUACAAAUCAACAACCACUACAACAGAUACAUACAGCAGAAAAACAAAAAUCAUCACCACCAAGCUCUACAAAGAUACAUACCCCAUCACAACAACAACAGCAACAACCAAGAUCAAACCCAAAAUUAGAUAGUAUUCGAGAAAGAUUACAAACAAAAGAUUGUUUUACAUGUAAUGAGACUCUAGGCAAAGAUGCAACUCCUGAAAGGGGGGCUAAUGAACCAAGACAUAUCCCAUCUUUUAAAAUAGGAGACACCGUAUGGCAUUAA